AUGAUUGGAUCCGAAGCUGACAAGCUCUCCAAGGGUCUUUUCAAGGACGCUCUGAACCUCAUUUGGUUGGAAAAUAUCAACAAUGGCAAGUUGAUGAUCAAACAACUCAAGUGCAAGGGCUGGUCCAAUACCUACAUUUGGACUCCCCGACAAGCAACACAAUUCAAAUUUAGCGGCCUCUUUCCACGCUUUCAAUUCUGCAACCGGCCAUUGUUCCCCCUUCCCGUGUUUGCCGUGGCCGCUAACAAUCUGUUCAUGUUGAAGAAUCCCUUGACCAAGACCGUGGACUUUCAUGGCUAUGAAAAAUCCAUGGUGGAGGAGGUUGGAAGAGACAUGGGCUUCCAAGUUCGGCUGAUCUACUCCGAACUUGGCGAGAUCAAUGGAUCAGCAGCAUUGGGAUUGGUACAUUCAGGGAAAGCCGAAAUGACCUUGGGCUUCCUGUCUUUGACCCUUCUCAGGUCCAAACACUUUGCCUUCAGUUACCCGCAUGAGGACACUGUCAUCGGCAUGUUUAUGCAAAGACCAAAUCCUCUAAAGAAGUGGCUGGCCAUGGUUUGGCCUUUAGAUAAUCUCACUUGGCUAGCCAUUGUCGCCAACAUUUUGUUAUUCACAGUGGCUUUUUGGCUGUGGCUAGGCCCUUGGAACACCUCCAUUUUCAGCGCUUUUGGCGUGGUCUUGUCCUUCCUCCUGAAGAAAGGACUCACUGGUUAUCAUCUGAACGGGAGAAUCCGGAGCCACAAGACGCGACUGUUCCUUUUAGGGUGGAUGACUGCCGUCUUCUUUCUGAAGAUAUGGUAUAGGAGCACCCUUAGGGCCGUCUUGAUAUCGCCGUGGCAGCACACCCAGCCAGAGACCUUUGAAGACGUACUACAAAUGAAGCCGGAUGUAUAUCUCUUUGGUGGUGGGGCUGCAGACCAAUUCAUAUCAAAUUUGGAUGUGCCUGUUUUCAAAGAGUUAAGAAAUAGCCCUGGUUAUAAGAGAAUAGCUUUUCAAGAAUUGGGACAGACAAUUGAAUUGGUUCAAAACGACCCCUCCACUUUUUUAAUCAACGGGAUCAUGUCCAACUACAAACAAACCAUGAACCAAGUUUUCAACGCGCAAAAUGUGGUGCAGAAGAUAUACUCUUAUGAAAGUCAAACCGGUAUCACUACUCUGAAGCAAACCAUUCGACUUGGAUACAAUGGGUUCUUGGUCCGCAAAAAUGCACCCUAUUUGGACAGGAUGAAUGAAUUGAUCAUUCGGAUGAUAAGUCAUGGCCUCAUCAAAAAGUGGAACGCUGAUGCAGAAGAGGCCAUCAAAUGGAACAAUCAUUUGUUGGUCAUGAAUGGAGAGGCCGAGAUGGCUGACUUCCCCGAAGAGGCUAAGUGGAGGGUCAUAUCCACGGAUAUGCUCCUGGGUGUGUUCCUUUUCCAAGGAGUCUCUUGUGCCUUGGGUUUGAUCGUGUUGUUAUAUGAGCUUGGCUAUUGUAGAGUACGCUUAUGAAUCUGGUUGACCGAAGUUCUGCCCUCAAAUCUAGACCACCUCUCAAAUCUAGGCAUUGCAACACUGGAUCGUGCACUUGCCCAGAACUCGUAGCCAUCGAUUUAUGAACCAAGCAAAAUAUGUGUCAGAAUGUACAAAAUAUCAUUUGAGAACGAAUAAAUGGUCUUUGAGCACCAACCUGUCAUGUACCGCAUUCAUUGGCUUUUGCAGUACCAAUACAAUCCGGUUUUUGGAACACGAUCAGUUUUGUUCCUUGUACUUUGUUGACCCACCAGUGACUCCUUGGGCUUUGAAAAGCCACCGCCUUCUCAGACGUUUGUU